CUGCGUACUCUUCUUCAGUAUUUAAACGGGAAGACGUCUGUGUUCUCGCAACGGAGCGGGCGAGAAUCGUGGGUUUUCCAUCGGAGACAAUGUCGCCGACGACCCGAAUCUUCAGAUCGCACAAAGAAUCGGUUGAAAAAUACCGUAUGAUUCUCUUCUUCUUCCCUCUGAAUUCGUUCGCGGAUCCUCUUACCUUCGAUCUUCGUCGGAGCAAGUGCGGUGGUUUUCCGCGGUGGUUUUCCGGCGGGCCGAUUCUUCCAUGAGAUCAUCAACACAGCACAGGAGAACUGCUCCAGCAAUGAACUCCAAGUGUAGAUCUUGACUAAGGGAAACUGUCAGAGGAACUGUAUUAAUAUCGUUUGUAUACCUUCAAAAGAGAGAUGCUGAGUUCUAGCUUUGCUCCUUUGAUGAAGUCCCGGACUAGUUGCCCUGACGGGCUUCUGUCUUAUUCAUUCUUCUGUGGGAGUGUUGGAACUGAUCUGUUGUCCAGUAGAAUGUCUGAUCAUCAGCUUCGACUUCGAUGCUUCAAGAGCCCCAGAAAGAAAUGCAUCUCUACCAGGAGAUUCAAUACUGCUUCUGUUCUUGCAGAUGUUUCCAAUAAUUUUAUGACAUUCCAGGCAGGAAGUUUUGCAAAACAAGAAGCAGAUCCUAAAAUGGUUGCCUCUAUAAUAUUGGGUGGAGGAGCUGGAACACGGCUUUUUCCUCUUACAGAAACUCGGGCAAAACCAGCAGUCCCUAUUGGAGGAUGCUACAGACUGAUAGAUGUUCCUAUGAGCAACUGCAUAAACAGUGGAAUUAACAAAAUUUACAUCCUUACCCAGUACAAUUCUCGGUCCUUAAACCAGCACAUUGCACGGACGUAUAACUUGGGGAAUGGCAUAAAUUUUGGUGAUGGGUUUGUUGAAGUAUUAGCAGCAACACAGACACCGGGGGAAUUUGGGAAGAGGUGGUUUCAGGGUACAGCUGAUGCCGUGAGACAAUUCAUAUGGUUAUUCGAGGAUGCAAAGCAUAGACACAUUGAGAACAUUCUGAUACUGUCUGGUGAUCACCUGUAUCGGAUGGAUUACAUGGAAUUUGUUCAGAGACACAUAGAUUCAGGUGCUGACGUGUCUGUUAGUUGUAUCCCUGUGGACAACAGUCGGGCCUCUGAUUUUGGAUUGGUGAAAAUUGAUGAAAAGGGAAGAAUAGUGCAGUUUCUUGAGAAACCUAAUGGUGAAAGUUUGAGAACAAUGCUCGUAGACACCACGGUUUUGGGAUUAUCAGAUGAAGAUGCAAAGAAAUAUCCCUAUAUUGCCUCAAUGGGCAUAUAUGUAUUCAGGACAGAUGUUCUGCUGAAACUUCUCAGGACGCAAUACCCAGAAGCAAAUGAUUUUGGAUCAGAAGUUUUGCCCAUGGCAGCAAAGGAUUACAACGUGCAAGCGUACUUAUUCAAUGGCUACUGGGAAGAUAUCGGCACGAUAAAGUCGUUUUUUGAUGCCAAUUUAGCUCUCACGAAUCAGCCUCCCAAAUUCCAUUUUUUUGAUCCACACAAACCGAUCUUCACAUCACCGCGGUUUCUUCCUCCAUCCAAAAUAGAGGGAUGCAAGAUAAAAGAUUCGAUAAUAUCUCACGGGUGCUUCUUGAGAGAGUGCAGCAUCGAGCAUUCCAUCGUGGGUGUUCGUUCUAGGCUCGAGCAUGGUGUUGAGCUCUCGGAUACAAUGAUGAUGGGAGCUGAUUAUUAUCAGACGGAACCAGAGAUGGCAGCUUUUUUGGCAGAGGGGAAGGUUCCCAUAGGUAUCGGCAGGGAUUCAAAGAUCAAAAACUGCAUCAUUGACAUGAAUGCAAGAAUCGGCAAGAACGUAGUCAUUGCCAACACUGAUAGAGUGGAAGAGGCAGCAAGGCCAUCAGAGGGAUUUUACAUCCGAUCUGGAAUCGCCAUUGUCUUGAAAAACUCCAUUAUAUCAGACGGCACAAUCAUUUAAGGAGCGUCAUCUAUUCUAUUUCAAGUCAUUUUCAUACCAUUAUUCUUCAAGGUAAAUCAGUGUUUUUUUCCCCAUUUGGAUCUCUAGAUUUAGAGACAGAAAAACUGUGAAUAAAAACCAUUCCUUGUUUACAUAUGUCAUAGACUGUGAGAGAGAGAGAGAGAUGCAAAGCUUAGACAAGAGAUUAAGGAUGAACUCGGAAACGUUACUUCCCAAACAGACCACAAAGCUCUCAAUGAAAUCCUUAAACAACACCUGUGGAAAAAGGCUCCUCCUGUUUUUUUUUUGUAAUGAAUAAACUGUUUUUUUU